AUGUCCUACAACGGCCACUAUGGCGGAUUUUCUUCCGGUGGCUCAUCUGCAAAUAGUCGAGACAGAGACAGAGAUAGAGAUAGAGACAGAGACCGUUCCAACUACAGCCGGUAUCCUGCACCUCUGAAGAGAUAUGGUCCUCCUUCAAACUAUUCCGAACAAGGUCCCGGCGGCUACAGAAGGGAUGGGCGUGAUUACUAUGGCUACAGAGGGGGAUACCCUCGUGGCGGAAACAGCUCCAAUAAUGGUAACAUAGCUCCUUCAUCUGGACCUCGCCGCAGGCCCCCUUCUGACAAGUACGACCUGUACCAAGGAAGCAAGUACAGACCGGCAGCAAAAGGUAAUAAACCGGGGAGCUCAGGGAGCGACUUGGUAGAUGACAGGCGCCUGACAGGCCGUAAGCUGGACUGGGGCACUAAUGUUUACCAAAGAGCGAGACUGCUGCUGCGGCAGCGUGACCACUAUACCCCAGACAAGGAUAAGCGGGCAAAGAACGAAAGAGAUGUUCUGGGUCCGCUUGACGAGAACUCUGGGCGACUGAAUGAGCCAGAGUCAUCGCCAAGAGCUACUCCUACUGCGGCGUUAGCAUCAGCAGAUAGUCCAGCCGUUAGCCCGUCCGUAGAAAGUCCAGGAAAGUUGUCCACACAUGAAGAGAAACUAAAUGAAGAAGAGAAUUCGAAACAACAGACUGAAGUCAAAGAAGAAAGUGCUCCCCCUAAGGACAAUAGAUCUUCUACUGACUCGCCACUGUCCACAUUGGUUUCGGAAGAUACUGGUCGUCUGAGGAAAACAACACCUGUCAUCACAGAUGAAAGACUAAUUCAUAUGUUUGAUGAUGAAGAUGAAUCUCUGAUGAAAGCAGAACCUGCUCUGCCGAAGAAUGAACGGACGUUAAUUUCGAGCGAUAAGACUACCGAAUCCCUGAUACCUGUCCAUUUGGUUUCAAAUUCUUCCAAUGUUGAGAAAACGGCAGAUUCAGGCGAACGCCCUAUUCCAGAUUCUCCUGCGCCCACUGUAGCAGAUUCAUCUGUGCUCUCCCCAGUUGGUUCUCCCCAAGAAUCCGUUUUUGCCAUCGGCCUUAGGGCCAUUGAUGAAGAUACAAAUAUGCUUGAUGGCGUUUCUGAAGCAGAGACAGAACCGGGUUCUCCGAUCUCCACGGAUGUUGCCAAACAGUACAUUCGUAAAUCGACAAAUGAUGUUGAACGUCGCAAAAUCAAAAAAUCAAGAAUUGCGUGUUCGGAUGAAGAAGAUGAAGAAGAAGAAGAAGUAGAUGAAGAUUACAAUACAUCUGAAAAAACUGGUUCUAGUGGAGAAGUUAAGACAAAGGAAGAAGCGCUUCUGAAAUUAUCAGCUGAUUCAGAAAAUGAUGGCGAAGAGGAGGAAAAGAACAAAGAGAGAGAUGGAGAAAAAGAAAAGAAGGAAGGAGAGCAAAAACAACAAAAAGAAAGAGGAGAAGAAGGAAAAGAAGAAAGUGAUGAUGAUGAGGAAGACGAAGAAGAGGAAGACGAAGAAGAGGAAGACGAAGAAGAAGACAUCGAUAUUCUGGAGAAAAAGACGGCAAGCCCAGCCACCGGCCUUUACAAAAUUAAAAGAGAUUCGACUGGUCGAUCAAUGCUACAGAGAGCUUGUAAGAAGGGAGACUUACAAGAAGUAAAGCGUUUGAUAGCCAAGGGGGCGAGCGCCAAUGAAUGUGACUUUGGUGGCUUCACUUGCCUUCAUGAAGCAGCAUUAUCUGGACACACAGAAAUCGUCAAAUUUUUGAUUGAACAUGGUGCAGAUGUAAACAAGCAAUCACUUGAGGCCGCUGAUGCAGAAACUCCAUUGAUGGAUGCAGCAGAGAAUCAACACAUUGAUACAGUGAAAGUGCUUCUAGAGAACGGUGCAAAUCCAAACAUCUGUAACGCUGAUGGUUACACAGCCUUAACUAAAUUGUAUCAUCUACACUCGGGUGAUGAUGGAUACGAUGAGAUUAUCUCAAUAUUGGAUGCUGCUUGCGAAGCUGAUGGUAAAAGUGCAUUAAAGGCAGUGUCUCAUUCCCCUCGAAGAAUAGUGAGCGAUCCGACAGAAGAAUACUUUUCAAAUCUUGUGAAGAGAAAGUCCAACCCUACGAUCUACAAGUAUAUCAUUCAAGGUCUCAAGGAAUCCGCGGCAGAAGAUUUCGUUACACACGGAUACUCGUUGCAAAAGAUGCCGGAUAUUCUCAAUAUAGCUGCACGUAAUGGCCUUGUUGAGUUGGUGGACAUUUUGCUUGGCCUAAACCCCGGAAAUUUCGACAUAAAUCAAAAAAACAAAAUAGGUGUCACUCCAUUGCUAGCUACAGUUGGCCUUGGGCAUUAUGAUGUUGUCAAAUUUCUCCUCUCUAAAGGAGCUGAUCCACGGAUAAAAAGAGACCAAGAUGGCAUGAAUUCUCUUCAAAUUGCUAAGCAUUCUGCUCAGUAUGAUACCAGGGAAGUUCUCCUCCUUGAGGAAAAUAUAGACAAGGAAGGAGACCAGUCAUCAUCUGCUCAAGAGGAAGUAGAAUCCAAGCAGAAAGUUGAAAAGAGCGAGUCAUUAGAAAAGAGCAAUUCCAAUGAUGAAGCUACGCCUAUGAAGAGAAAACGACCCGAGUCUGCUGAGCCUGAGAGUAAACCAAAGAGAAGCAAAAGCAGAGAACCAGAGCAAUCUAGAGAUGACGGUAAAAUUGAGGCAGGUUCAACCAAACUGGUGGAUCAAGUAACAGCCCGUGAAAUUGAAGUGAAAAAUGAGCGCCAGGCUCUGCCACCUCAAUUAACAAAGGCACAAGAAGAGCAGAAACAGAAGGCGGCUGAACAAGCAAAAAUCUGGCAAGAAAAGGUGCAAGCCAAGAAACGGGCCAGAAAGGAAAUGUUUUUGCAAGCUGAGAAAGAGAAAGAGCGCAAGAGGAAGGAAGACGAACAGAAAAAAUUGGAAGAAAUGAAGGAAAAAGAAAAGAGAGAGGAAGAAAAUAGAUUACGGAUGGCACAAGAAGCAGAAGAGCUUGCACAGAAAUUGGAGAAAAAACAAGAGGAAAUGGAGAAAUCUUAUAUUUUUUUGAGAUACCCAAUUGGCUUACGCGAAGCCACUUUCAAUGGUAUCAUUGAUGAAAACCGAACAGUCAAAUAUUCACCGCUCUAUACUUUUGAAAAGGAUGGAGAACUUUGGAUUGUUGAUUUGCAACUUGCCCUCAUUCUCUCGCAACCUAUUGCAGAUCUUCACAGGCAAAUCGGGGAAACAGAUUCUCCUGAAAUUGACGAAGUUAUGAAAGAGAAAUUGUGGCCUUUGUUUUACCGUAUGCUCGGCGUGGGUAAGAACUCAGAGAUCGAUGCUAAAGGUCUUGAAAAGUUCAAAUGGUUGCAAUUGCGAUACCUCCGCAUGUCUGAUGUGGUUAAAUAUGUGCAGAAAGCACAUCCGGUUGUUCAUGAACUUCUAUGGAAGAACAAUAGGAUUGCAACGGUUAACUUUGAAUCUACAAAGGAUGAAACUAUCCCGCCAGUCAUAAACCUGAACCCCAACAAAACAGAAUUUGUACCUCCAAAAUGGAGACAGCGACAAGAUGUUAUUCGCACAAUCCACACGUCUAAUGUUCCUCUUUGGUGA